UUUGUCUUUCAAUGCACUGUUGUGUGCGAGUUGUUUUCAUGGCAACUAACAUUAUAACAGAAUCUGUAAACUAUCUGUAACUUACGUGAAGUCAUAACAAUAUGUUGAUAAGCGAGAACUACAUCUGACAUUGAAGUUUGACCUGAGCCGACUUAACUACUCAGUGGAAAGAAUCAGCUAGUUCUUGGCAAUCUUUUCAGUACUUUGUUUCGUACGCUCGGCAAAAGCUACGUUGUGUACAAUGGUGUGCAAGUUAUCGGUUUUCGCUUUCCUGUCUGUAACACUCAGCAUCACCUACUGUUAUCAAUGUUCCGAGCGCGCGCCCGAUGGAUAUUGUGUAGUGGUUAACGUGACUGAACCCUAUGAGCAAGCAACCUAUCCACAGAACGAAACAUUGAUUUGGAUACGUAACAGCACUAUCCCAGUGUUCAAUCGCAGCCUCUUCACACCACUCGCUGAGGUAGAGUACCUGGCGAUACACCGGCUCCAGAUUGAGCAGCUUCAUCUGGAUGGCUGCGAUACGCUGGAAGUUCUGUUUGCACCGUACAACGCCAUAGAACGCGUCAGUGCGGUUGAGGGACUCCCGCUGCGACAACUACAUCUCUACCAUAACCAACUUACCGAUGUUAGCGCAUUGCGAGCUCUCACCGGCAUCGAACAGCUUUAUCUACACGACAAUCUGCUCGAAUCGCUGCGCCUCGAUACAUUCGUACCAAUGCGAAAGCUCAAAAUACUCACCCUGCAGAGGAAUCGAUUGCGUACCAUCGUAGCAGGAACGGCAAAUAAGCUGCUGGUGAUGCCCCGACUCGAGCAGCUGUUCCUGCAGUUCAAUCAGCUGCCCCAUCUAGACACCGGGCUGUGGCGUAUGGAGCGUCUCCGUGUGCUCGAUUUGAGUCAUAACCAGCUUGCCUAUCUGCUAACCUUUCUCGAGGAGCUGCCAGCACUGCGUACACUGGGGCUUCACCAUAACCCGUGGCACUGUGGCUGGCUGUUUGGGAUGCUGGAACGGUUGGGAGCUCGCGAACUGGACGCCGACGAUGGUUCGAUGGGAUUCGACGACGAAGCGUCCUGCCCGGGUCUCCGACUGGAUGAUCGAUUCUGCUGCAAUGAAAACGCGUCCACACCAGAUCCAGUGCUGUUGCUGGUUAGCCGUACCGGUAUCGUGGAUGAACUUCAGCAACAGAUACGUGGUGCAAAGCGACGAAUCGAAACACUCGAGGAAGCGCAGCGCAAACAGACACACCAGUUCGGUGAGCUGGCUCAAAGAUUUGCUACGAUAGAGCAGCUAUGUGGACAACGGUCCAAGGAACUUAACUGAUUUCUCGAGCGUGUAUUGAGUGGUACAAGUAUUGGAGGAAGUACACAGCGAGCUAUU